AUGGGCCAGCAUCUAGGCAAAAGGGAGUCACCCACUGACAGCAAGGUAAGAGUCCGCACUGCAGGUCUUGUUUUUUACGCCUGUGAUGAUACCUUGAAAUGUAUGUGUAAGUAGGUCUGAGAGUGGAGCAUGUGUUAGAGACUUUGAGCCUUAUCAGUGUAAACACAGGCCUUUAUCAGCAGGACUUUUAACUCUUUUGUAGACAAGCUGUCAGGCUCUGGGAGUUGUACUGAUUUGAAACCCUCACUGCUCAUGUGGUUAAGACUGGUUGUUUUUUUACUCCUCUUAAGGCAACUCUGUGUGCCCGUUUUUAGAGCUGUAAUGCAUGAGUAACACUUCAUCUCAUGGCUAUAGACAUAUCAGUUGAGAGUGGAGGAGGAAUGAGAGGAAGUUAAGUGGAUUACCUUACCAGGGGGAUUUUUUUAGGUUAAUAUUUGUCCGUUAUUUUGGUGGGGAGAGUUGGUUAAAAUGAUAAAAAUGCACCUUUUUUCACGGUAAGCUUCUAUGAAACUGUUUUAACCCACCUUUAAUUGAACUGCCUCACCAUGGCAGCAUCUGAAGCAUGAUGAGUCCAGAAUGGCUCUUAUGCGUCCACUAGCCUUCGCUCCCACAGCGCUCCACAACCAAACCUGUUUAACCUGGAGAGAGUAAAUACAUGAUUGCUCGACAGUAAAUGCUCUCCAGGCACACAUCUCAUUUAAACACACACACAAGCUUUGGCUCUAUUGUUAUCAAGAGUGUAUUUGACUACUCCUGCAAUAGGGUUAGCAUUGAUAUAUCACCAGCUACAUAUCGUCAAAUCAUAAUAUCUACCUUAUUUGCAGUUUAUCAGAUUGUCUCAUUUCUAUUCUGUUGGAAAAAAAGAAAAAAAGUUGAUGCCUCAGUGCUCUUGUAUCUUGAAUCACCAUUCAGUCAGAUGUUCUGCUUAAAACAGCAAACUGGAUUAAAGUUUCAGACAGCAAGACAUUUUGCUAGCUCUUGUUCUUUUUUUUUUCUGCUGUUCCAGGACUUUGUUUUGGCAGCAAGUGGGCAGAGAAGUUGGAAAAGAAGCACUUGAAUUAUAUCUAGUUGUAUCAGGGGGAUUAAAAUCUAAGCUUGUGACUGAUGUACGGUCUGUAUUGGGAGGUGUAGUAUUUCACAGAGACGAUGUGGUGAAACGUGUUGUGCACCAACAAGCAGCAGCAUAAGUAGACCUGAAUAUCAAACAUUUUUCAUCACAACAUCUGUAGACUUUUGUAUUCAUGUCAAGCUUGUGGUUGUGGUCUUAGCUUUACAGUGUGGUUAAGUAGCUUUGGUAUAUGGCUUAUGUUUGCAGUGCUUUUAUUUUUUAUGUAACCUUAGCCAUGUUGCAAGAUACCAAGAGGAGAACUGAGAUCCAGAUGGGGAGGUCACGGCCCAUACCUCUGACUGGCCAUCUAACAUUUCUGAACUUUGUUUAUCAAAAGUGAAACUUCUUUUGAAAUUUAAAGGAAAAUUCCAGUGCAAAUUUAAGUCAUGGUCAAACACACUGUAACACCGAGUUAGACACCCUCCCGAGAGAUGAAUUUUGCCAACUGCUUGCUUCUUUAUUUUUACCAACUGCAGCAAAGACCACACGAUAUCAAUAUACAACAAUCUAUGUCUCCACGCGCAAACCUCAACUAAAAAGCCCUUUUAUAGCCCCAAGUAAUGCUCAGAACAGCACCUAACUUCAUCAACUAUACAUACAGGGUCCCAGCCAUAGUACAAGCCAUCAGCAUUAGCAUUGCCUGGUUUCUUUAGCAAGGAGACCAAACACAACUCACCCACUCUCCCCUAGGAGCAGCUUGAUUGUGGGGUAGCCCUGACGAGUUGAUUUUUACUAAAUGGAAAUGCAAUUAGAUCGAGACACUAAGGCAGGAGAACUACCUCAUCUGCAGUGCACAUACAAGAUACACAAGAACUCUGAUUGCAUUUCCAUGAAGUAGUAAUCAUAAAUGUUCCUCCUUGAGCUGCGAUACUCAGCUGCACUCAGUGAACUCAUCAGGGCUCCCCCACAAACAAGCGGCUGCUGGAGAAGAGUGGUUAAGUUGUGUUUAGUCUCUUUGCUAAAGAAAUCGCGCAAAGCUAAAAAGAUGUUUAGUGGCUAGUUCUAUGGCUGGUACCCUAUAUGUACUGUUGAUGAAGUUAGGUGCUGCUCUGAGCAUUAUUUUUGACUAUAGAGUGGCUUUUUGGUUGAGGUUUGCAUGUGGAGACAUAGACCACUGUGUAUUGCUAUCAUGUGGUCAUUACUAAAAUUGGUAUAACUAGAGAAGCAAGCGGUCGGCAACAUUCAUCUCUGGAGGGGGUGUCUAACUCAGUGUAACGGUGUGUUUGACCAUAAGUUUAAUUGACACUGGAAUAUCUCUUUUAAUGUUGCCACUUUGUUGUGUUGCAUUUUACAGUUACAGUUAUAUAGUCGUAAAAUCUUUCAGAUACUUAUACAUCAAAUGCAACUAACUCAUUUUUGAAACUCACUUAGGAAAUACAAAAGGAGGAAAAACGUUGUUCUUAAGUUGUUAAUUUUUUCAUUCUUGCUGUUGUUGUUUUGAUUAUUAUUAUAACACAACAGCAUGACUAGCCAGCUUAGUCAUAUGAUGCUUUUUAUACACUCGUGUCUCUUGAGUUGUUUCUUAUGAAGUUAUAUGUACACAAGAGAUAACACUUCUUUGAAAGUGAUAAUACAUAUUCAGCACUCCCUCAACGUCACAUUGACAAAGCGUGACACUUGGGAAGGCGUGUAUGAUAAAGACUGAGGUUCAUGAUGUCUCCAUACAAUGAGCCUCAUCUUAUUCAGCAAAGGGACAUGCUGUUUAAAAAUCCAUGUAUUGUCCUACUUCUGUUCUGUCCUCCUCAGAUCUAGUUGAGGUAAUUUAAAAGAACUAUGAAUUUGCAUCAGACUAGAUCUAAUUAGGUCAAAUAGCACAGAAACAUUCUGUAUCAUUUCUAAGUGGGAUCAUGGGCUCUGUUUUAAAGUUUAUGAGUUGUUUUUUUUAAAGGAGAGAUGGAGUCCUCUACUGUAUGUCUGUGCUCUGGUACAAUAUAAUGAGCGAUCAGAUGUUAAAAAAAGAGAGUGAAGGUCUUGAGGUAAAUUAAGUGUAAUUUCCUCCCUUUUCUUUUAUAACAGGAAAAGUCAUCAAGCACCUCACAAUAGGCCAUUUUAAUUUACUGAGGAGCAAGGUGCUCCAGGGCCUCUACUUGGCAGAAAUGGUCUCCCUCUAAUUGUCCUAUAAUUACAAAGAUAUGUGAAAGAGCUUUUUUGACAACUCUUUCUCUGCUCUGAGUGCAGAAAUUACAAGCCAGACACUGUGAGAAGAAGGAAGAUCAGGAUUAAACAGAGACAGUAAUGUUAUUUAAUGAUAUGAACACGUAAUGAAGCUGAACCUGACUGAAGUCCCAUUUGUCCUUGCUUUUAAAAAUCAGUAAAUAUAUUUAGGCUAAGGCUGUAAGUAUUGAGGAGGUUUCUAGCUUGUUGUGAGCAGUAUGAACCUCAAACUGUGAGCAAAGAAGUGUAGAGGGAAAGAAAACAGAAAUAUGGAUAAGAAAAGCGCUCCUGGUUGUCAGCAUGUGAGGCUCUGGGCAAAAGUGGAGAAGCUGCUUCCUUCCUGUGGUGCCUGUAAUGGGCGGAGUGAUCCUGAGCCGUGCUGGUGAUGAGGGGCGCCUAAACCAGUGGGGAGGCUGAUAGCUCAGCUCACAGAUGAUUUGUUUCCUUACCCUACAAAGCACACUCAAGAGAGAGGAGACCAAGAAGGAGAGAGGUGGAUUAAUUUGUUGAGUGUGAAGCUUCGAGGAGACGUGUCAGGGCGGCAAGUCGCACCAGAGCUGCUUUGUUUAUUUGACUUUUAGAAUUACUUUGUGUAUCUCUGGGUCAGCCAUUUGUUAUUUCUUUUCUUUUGGCUUGCUCAAAGUGACACUGAAGUAAUUUCAAAGGUCUUACCAAACAACCAGUUGCCAUAGCAACAGGGAAGCAGGAACAGAGCGUGACAGAGUAAAACCUGUUUGUGUUUAGAUGCUGUUUCUGAGUCAUGGUCCUUCUCAUUCAUUUCAGGAAGGUUGAAAUGUACCUAUGCCUCUCCGGACAAGUUGCUCUGACAAAAUACUCCUUCGCCAGUGGUCAGAAAUAUUUACACUGCCUAUAGUUCACAGCCUCACAUCUACUUUUAAAUUGAAGUAUGACAACACAAGACUUUGAAGGAUGCUUAUGUCAUCUGAGUUGCAAAAAGGAGUUAGUUUCAACAUGAGUAAUCUCUGUUUGUUGGCUCUGCAUUAAAAUGCUAAAUCUGCAGACUAGGGACUGCAGACUGCAGGGCUGGACUGUAGUCUAACUGUGUUUGCAGGAAUUGGCUCUGUGCAGGAAAACAGUCAGAAAAGAGUGCAGACUUUGUGGGACACAUAUCAUUGUAAUUCCUCAAUGCCACUGCAUUUCAUUUGAUUAGGUUGCACUAGCAGAUAUCUGCAAAAACCUCAGCCAACAACACCCAGUAAGAAGUACUUUUUCAGCACAAACUUAAAGGCCUGUGUUCACCAGUUGCUUGUUUUCUGCACUGGCAGCACUUUUCUGUUUAUAUAAAACCAGUGCAGUUCUUUGUUUUCACCACUCAGCAGGCUAAGCCUUGAAAUGCCCUCACUCUUGGCUGUUUUCUUGCUGCACCUCCUGUGCAGCUUUAUUGAAAUGCGUUUGACUAUUGGGACACUGAAGUGUUAACGACAACAUUUCUCCCCUAAUGUUCUAUCAGAAUCAUAGACUGUGGAUUUGAAUGGGUGGAGCAAAUGUUCACUGACUGUUAAGCCAAUAGAAUUAGAGCUCCUCCCACUGGCUGGAUUCAGUAUAGGUCAUGAGCCUCACCUCCCCUAUGUUAACAGAUGGAGAAACUUUGUCAUUAAAAUACAUGCCAUAUACACAAACCGUAUAUACAAUGGAUGCCGUCUGGCUCCUCGUUGGGUGAAGCCACCCCAAGAACAGCACCCUCUGGUGAUCAGCUGCAGUAAAGAUCAUGAAUCCCGCCUCCUCCAGCAAUCCCUAUGGAGCUGUGGACAAACUUUAGAAAUUUAUUACACAGAAUAAAAUUUUUUCUCCUCCCUGGUUGUGAUUUUGACAUGUAGUGACUGUAAGACUGGUUUGUGCUCAAGUCCUCUUUCUUCCUCUGUUUUUUUUUUUUAAAUACAGAUUUUGAAAUGUUAUUAGGGGGUUUGCAUUUUCUAUGAUUGACACUUGAUACAGCCUAUGGGCAUACAAAGUUAACGUAGCUCGACCGAGGGAUACGCUGUUUGAGCCGAGCAUCAUCACAGCGACUCUCCGCCAAAUGCGCAGAAUGCUACUGCGCAAGUGGUGGUUCCAAGAGGUGGGGAAAAUCACGGAAAUACCAAAAGCAAUUUGGCUUCAAAUUUGUAUACUGGCGGAAGGUGGAGCCAAGUUGUCCAUACAGUCUAUGGUCAGAUAUGGUUUCUGCCAUUCUAGCUGGUGCUCAGGUUUCUUAAAACAUUAGUUUUAAUUAGUGACUGAGUUUAAAUAGAGAGUAAAUUACAUCAUGAUUGACAGCUCUUUUGUUAAAUGCAGACUCUUUCAGAGUUCUAUAAUUAGCAGAGCAACAAAGGAAGAGCAAAACAAACAAUAACAAGAGUUAUUGAACUUUAUAUAGCCGUAAGCAUCAGCCUCAGAUUAACACACAAAUCUGAUCUACUGUGGACUGAAUCCACCUGAGGGUUUUUUUAGUGUUUUGUCACUGAGUUCAAUAUGUGUUUUGGAUACCAUUGUGGUUUGACAUCAGUCCCAUAAUGCUUCAAGCCAGGGUGUCUCUGCACAGGUUUUAGUUGACUUGCCAAUAACAAUAGUGAAAGAGAGAGUGAUUAAAUUUUUAAUAUGAUAAAGUUAGUUUUCUCCAGUUUCUGUCAGAUGCCUAAAUGCAGGAAAAAAAAUCCAUACUUUCAGAGAAGUCAAUUGUUUGCUUUUUCUUUGGCUACUUGACCUUUCAAUCUUGAAAGCUGCCUGAAAACAUACUUCACUUUGAAUGUUAAUAGAGAAGGUUUCAAGGAUGAAUAAUCAUUAAUGAAAACCUCUGAAUAAUCAGAACAUCUGUGGGCACAGAAGUAAAGGCAGAAAAAUAACUCAUUUGCUCAGGCAGUAAUGAGACUUAUCCUCUAAUUAAACCCUGUAAGGGAGAGUUUUUGCAUUUUCAUGGCUUGAAGGUGCAACUUUUUUUUGCAGAAAGGACUCCAGUAAUCCUUCUAUAAUUAUCUCCUUUGUGCCUGAUUGUGACUGAUACUGCUCUGAUACUGAAACCACUGACAUAAAGACUGAAGUCUCCAGAUGAGGGAGCUUGAGGCUCAGCUUGUAGACCCCAGCCAUCACAGACAAUCACCUCCACCAUCGUAACCAAUUAAAGCGCAGUGUGUACUGUGACCGGCCCAGCAGGAUUGUUCUUAUUCCUUCUGUUCCUCUGUGUGAGAUCUGAAUCAUAUCGUACUUUUUCCACCCCCAGCCUGAUGCACUUUGUACUUUUGAAAUGUUUUCACUGAGAACACCACUGCUUGACUCAACUCUGUCUCUUCUGCUUUUAGUUAACCACAAUGUUAGAUUUGGAAAAUAUCUAUUGAGGAAAAGGUGCACAGAUUUCACUUUUUUUCCAGUGAUAUUUAUUUAUAGCCAAGUAAAAAGGUGAAGUGCGCAGCUGCACGCUCCAUUUCUCUUCCAUCUCUGUGAUGUGGACAGGAUGAGACACUAAAGCCCCAGCUAUCACCAAACCUCAGAGAGAAGAGGGAAGUUGGAAUUCUCAAGCCAAAUCCUAAAAGGUGUUCAAAAAGCUGCACUCCUCUUCCCCUCUCACCUCUCCAACAAAGAGCACAUUCAGCCACUUUGAGUCCCAUCCAGAGCCUUGGUAUCGAAUCAGAGUGUGGAGUGGAGUCAAGGCAGCAGCAGCAGCAGUAUUUUUGAGGUCUUGUUUAAAUCAGUGAUGACUAAAAAGCAACUUUAAAGACGUGAUGUUCAUUUACACCAUCGCUAUUUAAUAUGUACUAUAUGUUUUAAAUAUUUUUAACUUUUGAGUAUCGGCUCUGAGUAUAUGUAUUACUAUCUUCAUCCGAGUCCUAGAAGAUGUCCGUUACGACUUUUGCUGUGAUAAGCUGCUGUUUAAUAUUUGCACCAUCUUCCAAACUCCAAGAUCUAUGUUUGGAUCAUGCAUCAAUUAUCACAACCUAUAACGUCUAACUAAGGAUACCAAAGAUUUUUUUUUUUUUGUCUCAAACCAGAUUUUUAAAUUACAAGGUCACACCUUUUUCUAAAAGUCUUGAUGUAGUUGCGAGUGGUCCUUUAGAUUUAUAUUACACCUAUCCCAUUUUUAUGUUCUUUGGCAUUUAGUGAUAGGCAGGUGUAAAAGGUCAUCCACUUGCUGGGUGUAACCUGGAAAUGGCAACCAUAGGAUUUGUAGCAAUAGUGAUUUUAUUUUCAUGUUUUAUAAAUCACAUUCUGUUCUGAGCUCGAUGUGCCUGACACUGACAUUAAAAUACAAGAGAACAAGACUCAGCAGUUGCUUUAGCAUUAGUGUGGCUAGGAGUCCUGAUAAGCUCCACCUGCUGUAGUUUGAGAGGUCAGAAAUGUUCUCAGGGACUGAACUAUGGAGAGCUUUAUGGGCUGAUAAUGGGAUUGAGGACCAGGGUGAUGUUGUGUUCCAGUAUUUAUGUCAGGUCGAGUCUCUGGCUGCUGUAUUUUGGAUGAGUUGGAGUCAUUCUGCUAAAAAGCUCAUGUCCAAUCCUCUGCGGUUUCUGACUGACAUGCAGUAUUCAAGUUUUGUCUACAAAACCUAAUUCCAUUGAAGUUGGGAAAUUGUGAUAAACGUAAAUAAAAACAGAAUACAAUGAUUUGCAAAUCCUUUUCAACCUAUAUUCAAUUGAAUACAUUACAAAGACAAGAUAUUUAAUGUUCAAACUCAUAAACCUUUUUUUUGCAAAUAAUAAUUAACUCAGAAUUUCAUGGCUACAACACGUGCCAAAGUAGAUGGGACAGGGGUUUACCACUGUGUUACAUUACCUUUCCUUUUAACAACACUUCAUAAUCAUUUGGAAACUGAGGAGACUGAUUGUUGAAGCUUUGAAGGUGGAAUUCUUUCCCAUUCUUGCUUGUUUUACAGCCUCAGUUGUUCAACAGUCCAGGGUCUCCGUUGUCGAAUUUUACGCUUCGUAAUGUGCCACACAUUUUCAAUGGGAGACAGGUCUGGACGGCAGGCAGGCCAGUCGAGUACCCGCACUCUUUUACUACGAAGCCAUGCUGUUGUAACACGUGCAGAAUGUGGCUCGGCAUUGUCUUGCUGAAAUAAGCAGGAGCGAUGCUGGCUUUUGAACUUUGCGUCGAUAACAGUCCGCAUGGUUCUUUUCCUCUUUGGCCCAGAGGACACAACGUCCACUAUUUCCAACAACAAUUUGACAUGUGGACUCAUCAGACUACAGAACACUUUUCCACUUUGCAUCAGUCCAUCUUAGAUGAGUUCCAAAUAGGUGUUUGAUGAUCAUUCCUCAAAUUUCUCAGUAUUUUUUGCCACCUUUCCCAACUUCUUUGUCACGUUUUGCAGCCAUGAAAUUCUGAGUUAAUUAUUAUGUGCAAAAAAAUAAAAAAAUUAUGUUUGAACAUUAAAUAUCUUGUCUUUGUAGUGUAUUCAAUUGAAUAUAGGUUGGAAAGGAUUUGCAAAUCAUGUAUUCUGUUUUUAUUUAUGUUUACCACAAUUUCCCAACUUCAAUGAAAUUGGGUUUUGUACAUCCAAGAGUCUAUAUCAUUUAUAAAGUCUGACUGUUUUGCCAGGACUAAAAUAACCAGAUGACGGAAAAAUACAAAUAUGGGGCAGGGAAUAGCAUGAAGUAAACAUUGAUAAUUGGCAGUGGGAUCCUGAAUGAGCUGCUUUCUUGAUCUGUCUACAUACCCACAGGGUCAGGUGAUGCUUCACUGUCUCCAACACUGUCUCUUCAGUAAGAGUCAUAGGCCACCAGUAAUGAAUGGGUGUGAAGCCAUGCUGACAGCAGCUGCAGGGCGCCAUCAAGCUGCUACUCUGGUCUUCUUAGAAAUGAAAAAAAUAGAUGUGGGUAAUCUCUUCUAUUUUCUCAGAAUACCAGCUGGGAUAAUGAGAGGAGCCCAUAUAGUGUGGGAUAUUUUAAUGGUCUUCUGUAGUCUGCAACCUCUGUUUCUGUGUCAGUGCAAAUAGUAGUGAACUGUGGAGUUUGUUGAGUUUCCUGAGGCUCAGACUGCAAAUAUUCCCCAGAGCCAAAGUGUUUAUGAACAGGAGCGCUCAUGUUCAUGUGGACUGCAAUUGUUUUACCUUACGUGAUUAUCCUGCAAGCUUUAGAGAGAUAAGAUACAUGCACAGUAGGGGGUUGGGAAUCAUCCAUUUCAUUUUCAUGUGGCAGUUAUUAUUACAAAUAAAAGAAAAUAAGUCCACCUGGUUGAUUUAAAGGCACAGCAUGUCGUAUUUUGUAGCAUUUCGCUAAACUGUUGAGGUAAAAAUGGAAUAUAAUAUUCUAGAGUGUGUUAACAAUAGUGAGAAACCACCUGAAUAUAAAUAUUGGUUUGUUUUUGCUUAUUAUAAAUGCAUUUUACAUCAACACAAAGAGGUGAGUCCUUUCCAUGGAGGCCAUUUUUCUACAGUCGCACAGAGUAGACAAACAAUACACCAUACAUGUUUUUGCUUUAAAUGAAGGAUCAAAUCUACAUAUGUAGCACAAGAGCUUUCUCUUCUUGAAGGUGUCACCAACAGGAGGGGUAGUUUCAAUUUAGAGUCUGGCUGUUAAAGUACACCAAGCAUUCCUAUCUCUUUGCACUAUCCCUUUAAAUAUGAUUGCUGCUCUGUUUUCUUUCUGCAGUGCUUUAGUGAGUACUUAACUGACUUCAAUGUUUUCAUGACUGUCACCUCAGCAGAAAUAAUUUGAUUUUGAUUUUUGGAUUUUUCUUUUGGAGUGCAUCCAAGGGAAACAUUAUAUUUGCGUCUUUAAAAGAACCUCUUAAAAGUCAAAGUUCAAUAAUGAUGGAUGAAAUUGUUUUUUUUAAUUUUUUAUUCUAAUUCUUUUGAAUCUAACAGUACAAAUUAUACCUGAUGUUGCUUUUAAGAUAAUCUUUUCUAGGAUAAAUUAGAGGAAACCGUUGAUGCAAAAUGAAAUAAUUGAUUUUAAAUGUUGCUUUGAUUGAACUGAUAAAAAGAAAUCAAGGUAUCCACGGGAUCUCUUAUUAAGAUGUAAUUGGCCAUCAUUUUCUCUAUCUUUCACAGCUGUACCAGAAUGGUGGUUUUUCUUUUCAAAAGGGCACUCAGCAUGAUUCUAGCACACAGGGGGGGUCCACACUUAACCGCCAUCUGUGUCUGACAUUAGGCGCAGGAACACAAGGCCAAUCCUACCUUUUCAUAUUUCCUUUAGUAGGAUGACACAUUUGUGUUUGGGGUAAAAUAUCUCUUAAAUGAAGACAAAAUUAAUCACCAAAUCUAAAAUAAAAGGGGUCUAACAGUUUUAAUGUCAAAACAAAUUACUUUAGGUUCAAGGGAUAUUCCAGUGUAAAUUUAAGUUGUGGUCAAACACAAUGUAACUCAAAAGUUAGACACCCCUUGGAGAGAUAAUUGUUGCCGACUGCUUGCUUCUCUAGUUAUACCAACUUUAGUAAUGAUCGCACAAUAGAAAUACACAGCGGUCUACAUCUCUAUGUGCAAACCUUAACCAAAAAGCCACUCUAUAGCCACAAUAAUGCUCAGAACAGUGCCUAACUUCAUCAACACAUAGGGUCCCAGCCGUAGUACUAGCCACCAAACAUCUUUCAGCUUUGGCUGAUUUCUUUAGCAAAGGGACCAAACACAACUCACCCACUCUCCUCCAGCAGCCGCUUGUUUGUGGGAGAGCCCUGACCAGUUGAUCACUGAGUGCAGUGGAUUAUUUCCAUGAAGUAAACAUCAUCAUCUCAAUCAUUUUGCACUGCAGAUGCAGUAUUUCUUCUGCAAUUUCUUCUGAAAUUAGAAAAAAAAGUUAAGUUUUAGACCUCAAACGUUUCCAGUCAUCCAUCAUUGCAGGUUUGGUUUGAGUUGCCUUGGCCUUCAAAUACACCAAAAUUGAAGUCACCAUCUCAGCUCCUGGAAUGUGGAUGAUAUUUUUGUGUUGCUCUCCCUACUAAUAUUAAUGUAACAUUGAAGUAAGAGAAAAUACAGCUGUGUCUUUGCCUGAAGGUGUGUUUGGACAAAAUCCAACAAAGGUGGGACACCGAUGGCAUUAUGACAGAAUAAACUAUGUACCUGGAUGUUCCAGGCUGUAGAAAAGCAGUAAGAACGUAAGCCCUUUCAGUCAUCAAAUCCGUAUUGCUUUAAAGCUUUGUCUUCUUAAGAGAAAAUGUGGACUUCAGUGUUGCUUUUCAAUUUGAACAUUUGAUAGGAUGUUACACCACUUUGUUAUGAGUGCAAGCAGCAUAAGGAAGAGUAAGGUUUGUACUGACCUUCUGUACCAUACAUCUCUUUUGUUAGUGCUUGUCAAUUUGAUACUGCUCUCUUCUGAUGAUUGUGCUGAUGUAAGCCAGCAGUGUUGUGUCUUUGCUGUUCUGGCUCUGUUGUUGUUGUUGACAUUUUAGAUUUCCCUAUUAUGUCAUCUCUCCACAAUAUGUUACAUGCCAUAAAUAUUGAUUUUCUCUUGAGAUAUCAACAGUUUCAAAAGAACAAAAGAGAGACUGUCUCAAAAUUUACAUUUGUUACCACAGGACUAUUGAUAUAUUUAUUGAUUUACUGGAUCUCAACUAGUUAUUAUUGCAGUAACAACUAUUCCUCUUUAGGUCGAUAGAGCCAUUCUAAUUUUGGUACAACAAAAGUGUUUCAAUUAUGUGUCCAUCACCACUAAUAAUUCAGAAGAAAUCAUUUGAAUUUAUAAGAGAUUUAAGUUUAAAAUAGAUUAGUAGUAAUAAGUAACAUAUGGUGAAAGGCCAACAAAGCUAGAUUGAUGAAAAAGUAAUCACCAUAUAUCUCCACCAUGACUUUGGGCUCAUUAUUUUGUUGUUUGAACCUUUUAACUGCAUCUGGUUUGCUUUAUAAUGAAUGAAAUUUAGAAAACUGGCAAAUAACGUCACCCCAGUGACAAUCAUGAGAUCUGCAUAGGUAGUUUUUUUAAUUAUUUUUAUUAUUAGUUCGUUUUAUUUUAUAUAUUUCAUUAUUUAUCUAACUAUUUAAAUUUUUUAAUUUUUAAUUUUAUUUUUUUUCUUUGGGGGGGACAAUUCAGUUUGCAUAAUGGGCAAAGCCUGAGUUCGACCAGGGCAGACAGGAGAUGGUUUUAUCCUCAGGUUUUCUCAGCAGUAGCUCUGAGAUUUCAGGCAGCACUAAUGACCGCAGCAAACAAUGUGAUGUCCUCUGAAGUCUAUGCUUAAAAUAUUAAAUAUAGACUCUAGGAAAAACAUUAAAAGAUGAAGUUCAUUCUUAUGUGGACAGAUUUUUGUGAAACAUUGCCAUGCAGCACCAAAUGGGGAUUUCAGUCAGAUCUGAAUAUGAGUUUAAAACAGCUUGUUUGAAUUUGAGGAUUUCCAUAUCUAAGUCUGAUUAAAUCACAGGGAGGCAUUAACAGCUCUCAUCUCAACGGACAAAAAGGGACGUGUUGUCACAGCAGAGGCUAUCAUCUCGUUUUGAUUUUCUGAUUCACUAGUUUUAAUCUAAAACUCUUGAUAUGAACCCAGUUGCAUUUCAACUUAAAGGGCUCAAGAUCUGAGAACUCAGAGUGUAGAUAUAGUUCUGUCAUAUGCAUUAAUACUAUGAUCCCUUCUUGUCUCAUUACAGCGCAGUGCUGUCCAUGAAGUCAUUAGAGUAGGAACAAAUGUAAUGAGCACAGACAUCUUUUAAAUGGAUUUUCACACAGAUACAGACCGUUCCUGCUUUACAGACUGAGUCCUGCAGAUCUAAAUCUGAAAAAGUGUACUUUUAUGUAUGUAUUUACUGUAUGUAUGCAAAGCUUUCUUUCUGAGUCUUAAAUUGAUGGGUCUGAGUAUAAAUUAACUGUAAUUAUGAAGUCCAAAAGCCUAAUCAGUGCUGCUAUCUCUCUACCCCCCACCCCCUUCCCGUAGAUCUCUUCCUUUGCCCUGUUGCUAUGGUACCUUAGCAACUCACCUCUUCAAUCUGUUUUCUGUUUCUGUGUUCCCAUGAAAGGAUCCAUCACCUGAACCCAAAGAGGAGCAGACAACAGCAGCAGCAGCAGAAACUGAACAACACGACGAGGUCUUUGGUAAGCGGUCAAGCCAGGUGUUGGAUCUGAAUGUACAGAAUGUAUAUUGAUGAUGUUAAAAACAGACAGAUUUCUAAGGCAUCAGAAAAUUGGAGAUGUCAAAACCUUUGUAUUCUUACCAAAGUACAGUUGAAAGUACUGAAAUGUUUACCUACUGCAUGAAAUGAACCCGGAUCGACAGCUUUAAAUCCACACUGAUACAGUUCACCGGAGCAAACUUGACUAUGUUUGUUUUUCUUCCCUUUUUUGGGGUAAUAAUCAAAGUUUUGCCUCACAAACUGACUCAGAAGCUUUAACCCCAUGGUGUGACAUUUGCUGGGGUGAAAAAUCUAGAUGGUAGAUGGUUAGCAAUUAGCAGUGAUGAAUGAAGUAUGGUGGUUUAUGAAAGCCAACCAUUUCUCAUAAAGAUUUGAAGUUUGGUAUUUCAUGCAACAUGAAGUUUCUUAUCUUCCAAGUUUCUCCUCAGUGUAAUUUAUUGUGACAUGCUCAGAGUGAGAGGGCAGAGAUUUGUAGUACUACAGCUUAGCAGAUGAGGGCAGGGUUUAAUGCUCUACAAACAAAGGCAUCUGAAGAUCAGGAUUACGUUUACAGAUUUUGAGCUGAGAAGAAAUUGCAGCUGCACAGUUGGUGCAUUCUUUGCAGGAGGAAGCCUCUUGGGAAAUUUAACCGGUGCAAGAUUUGUUGAUUUAACUUGAGCAUGCUGCAAAAAAAAUCAAGAAAAAUGGGAUAAAAACUCAAUCCUUAGGUUACAAGUUUUCCAUGAAAGAGCAGCCUCAAGGGAGCCUCACUGUCAGCCAGAGGGGAGAGUUUUCUGUUUUUUUGUACAUAGUAGUGCUGUGGCCAAAUGUCCAGAGGCCAACAACACUGCCAUGAAGUGUGCAGACUUUCUUUUUCUGCAUGUUGGUGAUGUGCCAGAAAGCAAACACACCAAGUAAAAAGACCACUGGCUGCUCAUUCUGCAUUUAAAAACACUCUCAACCCUGACCACAUUUGCAUAGGAGGAGCACAAAACCCUCAAGAGACAGAGAAUAGAAACCAGGGUUUUCUUCCUUGUUGUGAGUUUUGGUCUCGUGUCUGUGGAUAGUGUUCAGGGUAGGCUGAGGUGAUGAGCAUGAGAGGCAGGGUUCAGGGAUGUGUACUGACUGAAGUAGCAACAGCUAGUGAUCUGAGUGUCAGUGAACAAAAAGUUUGACAGUCUUGAGAUCAAAAAACUCUGCAAGCAUCAAGAUGGAAAAUCAGUUCAUCUUUAAAAACACCACACAGUCUCUCAGAACAGAUACCACAGGAAGUGUCUGUAAUUUGGCUUGUGCUGAUUUGAAUUAGUUGGUGGCGGCAAGCCCGGUGAAGUUUGGCUCAAAUUUUAUUCUGUAGCACAUGGUGGCAUGUUUGUGCAACAAUGAUCCAACCUUUCAGUCUUGCGAUUGCAUCAAAGAGUUUUCAACAUCUUUUAUAUACUGUAUAUUAAAUUCAAAAGAAAAACCAAUAAACCUAAACUUAUCAAAGGAUACAUUUUGUGUUGUUGAAAAGGUCUGGAAAUCUAAACCUUAAGUAAAAGUAAUGAUCGAUAGGUAAUUGAAUAAUUUACGUUAUACAUGGCCCACCUUCUAGUGAUAAUAUGCAUUGCCUGAUAAUAAUACAAGGGUACUUAAUUGUUUUUCUACUGAUUUAAACUACUUGCUGCUCUAUUCUUUAGGACAGGGUUAGGUUAAACUGACUGGUGACCCUCACUGUCUCUCAAGAUGGUUAAAAGUUGCUUUAAGCUGUGCACAAGAGGAUAGAACAAUACAAAAAAAUACACCAGCCAAAUAACUGUAGUGAUGUUCUGUGAUACUUGAAAAUAGGGUACAAGCUGAGCUUCAUUCUGGCUUAAUACUAUAUACCUAAUUUAGCUUGUCUGCAGAAAAUUAGCCCACUUGUGUUUCUCAGUCUCCUUCACUACUAUGACUUAACAUCCUGUAAGUUAUGCUGUCCAUUUUCCAUCAUAGUCUUCAGAGGGGUCAUGAGGCAGCAAAGUAUUAAACUGCCUACACAUUUAACUUUGCUCGUUGUAUUUAUCAUGAACUGACUAUUUGUGUCAAGAUUUUUACAAUAGUGGAUUAUAUAUGCCAUUUGAAUUCAUUUCAAAUUUUCAGUGCUUUUAAAAGGCCUCCCACCCCCCACCCCCCCAUCCAACUGUCCAGGGGUCCCAACCAUAGACUGUAUAUAGAAUGGACGCCAUCUGCCUCCUCACUGGGUGAAGCCACCCCGAGAACAGCACCCUCUGGUGAUGGGCUGCAGUAUAGGUCAGAAAUCCCACCUCCUCCAGCAAUCCCUAUGGAGCUGUGGACAAACUUUAGAAAUUUAUUACACAGAAUAUUAAUUUAUCUUCCACCUGGUUACGAUGUUGACAUGUAGUUACUGUAAGACUGGUUUGUGCUCAAGUCCUCUUUUUUUCUGUGCGGCUCCAUUUUUAAAAAGUUAUUAGGGGGUUCAUGUUUUCUAUGAUUGACACUUCAUACAGCCUAUAGGCGUACGCCAAAUGCGCACAUUGCUAAUGCACAAGUGGUGGUAGAGAGCAACACUGCUUCAAAUUUCGUAUAAUGACGAAGUUGUCCAUAGUAUAUACAGUAUAUGGUCCCAAACACUUCUUUAAGACAAGUAAAGCAUCAUACAGUGGGAUGUACAAUACCCUUUUACCACCUGCAGCCAUGCUGUUCCCAGGGGGUUGUUUUUGUGCUUUGGAUUUGUGACUUUAUCCUGUGCUGGUAUCAACCAGCAUCUCAACAGACUGGAUUCAAGUCAGAGAAUCAUUUACAGUGACGACUGAAGUAAUUGAAAAAAUAUAAAGCCUUGAUGCUUUUUCUAGAAAAGAGUUGCAGUUUGUUACCAUGUGACACAUUUCCUCAUUGAUCUGUCUGUGCUGAAUGACGAAAUCUAUACGUGGAUGUUUUAUAUAGACUCGAUCGACUGUGUUCAGUUGUGUCUGCUGCAGCAUCUUUGAAUGACAUCCACUUCUCAUCUGGAUGGGAGUUAAAAUCUUAGAACACCACAGUAUUAAAUGUACAAAUACUGAAUAAUAAUAUAAUAAAAUAAUAACGUAUAAGAGAAACGGCAUCAUCAAAAUAACACUCCAUGGUGUUAUUUUUGCACUACAGAUUAAUUCACAUGUUUCUCUCUCAUCAUUCAGAAUGUGGUGCAGUUUUUAGAUAUUAUCACAAUUUACUUAACUGAACCAAACAUUUUCCUUUUUUACGACAUACCUGUAUUUGACAUUUAUAACAUCGUUUUAAAGGCCUUAAAAGAUUAACAAAUAUUUUCUUUCUAAGAUCCAUUGACAUUCAUUGGAGAGUUUCUAUGCUGUGUUUAUGAUUAAUAAGUAAAGAUCUCUGCUCAGUGAUGGCUAAAGGGUAUUUGUAAUGCCUGGAUUACUGGCUAUCAUGAAAUGAAGGUCAGUGUUCAUCCAGUAUCAAUCAAAACUAUUUUUCUGAGCCUGGAUUCAUUGUGUUUGUCUCUAUGUGUGUGUGCACAGAGAGAGAGGCAUGAUUGGAUUUGUGUGGGUCUGUAUUGAUUUCAUGUCAUGGCAGCUUGUUUGGGCAUGUCAUCAUACCUCUUUGUGUAUUGGGAAACUCACCAGAUGUCAACUUCUGCACACAUCGUCUGCUGAUCUCCCUUUUGCCUUUAUAUCAGCAGAAAACUUAUAUCUGGCAUCAGCUUUGUCAGAUUUUCCCUGAAGCUAAUUAAUCUCCCAUGUGUUAACACUUUUCAUCGACUUCGAGGAUCAUCCACUGUCUCAAGUGAUACUUCAAAAAAACAGCCCACACAACACAUGGUCACAUUAUCUUUAGUCAUUAGGGGCACCAUGGUUUAAAGGCAGAUACAUAAAACAGUCAGAGAGACAAUAGAAGACUUUCUUAGUGCUUGAUUGAUCGACCAGCCUGACCUCUGACAGUUUUCUACUCAGAUUUCUCGGACUGAUGCGUCAAAACUGCACAGGAUAUGAAAAAACAUGAGCAGAGGAUGUAGAUAUGGGUGACGUCUCUUCUGGACAGAAAUAAAUCUAGCAUAUUGUGACUGAUUUUAUUACAGCCGUGCAUUAUUGCUACCUGCUUUAGUGGAGUUGUAAUUGGUAGGCGUCAUGACUCAUCCCGGCCUGUCCAAUGUCUGGGGAUGUCUCCGUGCGGCACUUCCUGUUUGCACUGCAUUUCCACGGAAAGGCAAACACCACCAUGAGCUGUGCGACUGUUAAAAGCCUAUUAUGGCUCCAUUACCUGGCCCAGUCUCGGGCAGGCCUCCGCACAGUAAAACAGACCCCCUCUAUCUGCCUGAUCUGUCCUGACUCUGCAUGGGUCACUGUGUCUUUAUCAUCAAACGGUGAAGUGACAAGAAAGGAACAGUUGAGACGAGUGCAACAUGAAGGCCUUUGAGGAAAGAUUUGAUUAUGUCUUUAGGUUUGAAAUCAGUGCGAUUUCAGUCAAGCUCACCUGUCAACAUGGAUUUCAAGUCUAGUUUCAGUCGGACUAACAUGAUAAAUCAAUUUUUUUAACAACAUGGUAAUGUACUGAGUUGGAUAGUGUUGGGUAGGGCUGCAGCUAUCGAAUAUUGUAGUCAUCGAGUAUUCUACCGAAUAUUCCAUCGAUUAAUCUAGUAAUCGGAAAAAACAUAUAUAUAUAUAUAUAUAUAUAUAUAUAUAUAUAUAUAUACUGUGACAGUGCAAUUAUUAAUAUACAAGAGAAAAUAAGACAUUAAACUUAAUAGAAUCGCUGAAUAGCUCCUAUGUUACCUGCUUCUGCUACUACACCAGCAACGUUAGGCUGCAAGCUAGCAUGAAGAGGAGUGUGCAGAGCAGAGCUGUCUCCGCCCAUGACUCAGAGGCAAAGUGCUAAUGAGCUACAGGAGCUCUGCAGAAGAAAAGCCCCUUUCAUCAUUCAUUUUUUACGCUCUGCAAAACCAAAACCGCGCUUACUCCUCCUUCUACCGCAGCAAUGGAAGCGCGUUGUGUCACUUUGAAAAUAAGCCAUGCGAAACAGUGACGAUUUAAGCUCAUAAAUGAGUACUCGAAGCAGAGAAAAUUCCUUGAUCAUUUUUUUGUAAUUGAGGUACUCGAGGAAUUGUUUCAGCCCUAGUGUUGGAAAAAGUCAUGGUGCAUUACAAGUCUUUAACUUAAGCAUGUAGCUUUGCAAAAUCAAUCUCACAUUUUGUCCAAAUGUUCUGAAUUUGAUUUUUGCUCGCUCUGUUUUGAAAGUCUCACUCUUCAUUCUUAUGUGUAAUUAUCAAUUAAACCCAACUUUUUAUAUGUAUCACUGCUGACUUGAUCACAGUAACUAGAACGUCUUAUUUCAAGUAUUGAAUGUACAAAUUCAAUUUAACUGGGGAUUUAACUGAGCUGGGCUGUUUGUUCAGACUAAAAGCAUAUUUACAGCGUAAAGGUCAUGUCGGCACUUAAUCCUACACAGAAGUAGCAAGCCUUAAAUUGCUGUGCUUGAGGUGUGAACAGGCACAUUUUCUAUAGAGGUCUUUAUAAGGUUUCUGAGAUAUUCAACAUGAUUCAUUACAAAUGCAUCAACAUCACUUCGUGAUAUUAGCAAAGUAAUUCUUUUGGUGUUCAUUUAUGAAGCUUUAGAUGUGAGGAUUAAUCAGACAGGAGUAGCAGAAACCUUGUAAAAGCUUUUCACAUAGAUUUAAAACCCGACAAAGAGAGUGAAAUCAAGGAUAGACAUCUACCGCCUGUAAGCUGCUGCCUGCCAGGUUCACACAGACAGAAAGCAGGGAUGCAGAUUUAAAAAGGCUCUGAGCUGUUUCCCUGGAGCACUUCAAAACAUUAGCUUUUGUAAUUAGUAAUUACUUUGUUUUUGCUGAACUCCCCUCCUACUCGCUCAGGAGAGGAACUUCAAUGAAAUUAAUCCAUAGGGGUUACCUAAACUCUGUGUUGCAGGUCCAUUUCUUCUCAUGCAAAAGAGGGAGGAGAGUAGAAAAGUUUAAAAACACAAAGCAUAGAGUACAAGUGAGGCUACAGCUUCAUGGCGUAAUGUGUAUGUCUCAAUAUUCCCCUGAACACUUAUCUUAUUUCCCCUCUGUUACAGGGGUUAUUUGAAGACAGAAAAAUGCUUGAGACACACAAGUGCGCUUAGAGAGUGAGUAAUCAGCCUUCAGGGUAACCUCUUCAGCCUGUUAUCAAACCAAAAAUUAUUACACGGUCAGUAAAGAACCAUUUCUAAUUCCUGUCUGUUGCAUGGAGCUGCUGAGAAAGUUGGUACCUCUAAGGUCUAGUCGAGCAGCGGCUUGUUAUAAAAGCCUUUAACCCAAGAAUAGAAAUUCAAAAAGGAGGCAGGGUACGGGUAUGUGCAGCAAAUAAACUGGAUCAUAGUUUUAUGGCUGCAAAAGUACUUGCUGAGUCCUGACAAUUUCGGUGCCAUUCUUUCAAGAUUGAAAAUCAAUGUACUUCAACAUCCUCUGCUAUUCUACACAUUUUUUCACUUUUACAGUUGGUUUCUUUCAAAAUCAAAUCUCACGCCAAGACCAAGUUGUAAAAGCAGUAUUUUAGAAAUCUCUAUUUGGUUUUACAAUUGCAGAAAGGGGAGCAAUUUGUGAACCUUGAGCUUGCAGUGUAAAACCAAAAGCUUAAAAAAAGGUUACAAGAGAGACACUUCACUGGAGAUCAAGUGAGCUGUAGGUCUGCUGAAGUCUCCUCCAAUGUCUGAAGACCUGAGAGCACCCAGGAGGCAUCCUUGUCAAUGGCCUGACCUCAGCUGGUUUCUUUUAAAGUGAGUAUGGAAUCAGAUUGGUGUCAAAAAUAAUCAAACAAAACUUCCUCAAUAUCAAACAAUAAUAAGAAUUUGAGAGAGAAUAAAACUCACUGAAGCAAAAAAAAGGAAUAAUCAAGCAAAACUUCUUCAAUAUCAAACAAAAUUAAGAAUUUAAUAGAGAAUAAAACUCACUGAAGCAAAAAAAGUCAUCUAAAAAGUAAAACUUGUAAGUUGCAAACAAAUUAUUUGUGCAAUUGUGUAAACUACUGGUCUUUUACUUUUUGUCAGAGAUCCUUUGGUCACAGUAUCCUCUGUUUCUUUCUCGCUGCUCAGACUUUUGCUCUCACCGUCAGUUUUGCAGUUAUGCUGCCAGCUGUCGCGUUCGCUCUCCCUGAGUUUUUGUUUGUGUGACCAAAUCCUGUGACCAAAGGAUCUAUGACAAAAAGUAAAAGACCAAUAGUUUACACAAUUGCCUGAAUAAUUUGUUCGCAAGUUAUAAGUUUUACUUUUGAGAUGACUUUUUUUUUGAUUCCAUAGUAGAGGAGCCACUGAAAACACAAAACAAACUAAUGCAAAAGAAAAAAAAGGCAUGCUUUUUCAGAAAUCAAAUUUACCCCUUUAAAUGCUUUAUAUCUGGGUUGGUUUGUAAGGGAAAGGGGCUGGAUGCCAGAGGUAAUGCAGUCCUGUGUGAUGCGAUUUCGCUUUUUUCUUUCCUACAAUCAACAUGCCAUCCAGCUGGGCUCCUCUUUUUUAUUAAUUUAUGAUCAUAUUUUUUUCUAGUUCUGUGAUCCUCACAUUACCCUCUCUAUUUUGAGUACAGAUUGGCAGAAUAAAUGAACUUGUGAUGUAGUAGCUGUUGAAGUUUGUGCAUUUUAUGGAUUUUUAUUCCACUAAAUUGACAAACACCUGUUAGAUUUCCUAAUUAAAUCACAAAUUCUUUAGAGUAAUGCACAGGGGUACUGGUCAGGCAAGGCUGUUUUAUAGGCGCCAUGCAGAGGGAGUCAGAAACGUCCCAGUCAGAACGUCACUCUAUCAUACCAUACCUAAACAUUUCCUUUUUGCAGGAUUUAGUUGUUUGUAGCAACCUUCCAAAUGGUAGAAUACAGUGAAGGGAUUGAAUUAGUUCAUAUUUAGUUCAUUUUCAUUUGUACUUAUGAACCUAUAUUUUAUUCUGAGGUAAUAUUAUUUGUAACAAUCACCUUCUUAAAUGGUUUUCCUUCCAUUGAAGUUUUGGAGAUAAGGAUCCUAAGGAAAUGUUUAUUUAUUCACUCAUUUUGUAUUUGAUGUCCGAAACAUGUUCCAAGAAAUCUGGGACAGGGUCAUGUUUGGGGGUCUGUGUUACAUCACCUUUCCUUUGGCUCCUAAACCUGAUGUACUUUUCAGCACUCUGAUACCGUCACAGAUUUUAGAGUUUGCUCAAUUUUCCUUGUCUUUUCUUGCUCCUGUCCCAGCUUUUUUGGAACGUGUUGCAGGCAUCAAAUUCAUAUUUGCAAAAAAAAAAAAAAAUCAAUCAAUUUUAUCACUUUAAACAUGAAAUAUAUUAUCUUUGUUGUGUGUUUAAUUGAGUAAAGGUCAAAAAAGAUUUGCAAAUAAUUGUUUUCAGGUCUUUAUUCAUGUUAUUCACACAACAUCCCAACUGCAUUGGAACUGGGGUUUGUAGAUACGAGAUGAAAAAUAAUCAAAGACUGGUUAUCAGCGUGAUUUUUGUCAAACCAAUGCGCAGAAGAGGUGCGAAGAAUAAGAGUAGAAAAAGAAACAACAGAAUGAAUGCUACGCACGAACAGAUAAAAUCAUAUUUAACAAACAGCAUGGGGCCGGAUAGACUCAGCAUACUGGCAAUACUUUUAAUAGAGAAGAGCAGAGCCAGAAAUUUUGACCAAAAUAGUUUAGUCACGGACUUGUCUGAGCAGAAGGAACUUCCUAUUAAGCACAAGUUUGUCUUUGAUGUGGAGUGGGAUGGAAUUUAAAGUUUAGCAGCACAACUGUUGCCUCUCAUAUGCCAGAAAAUAUGCACCAACUGUGUCUGAGAUUGAAAAUGGCCGCCACAAGGUUAAUGAUAAAAGUUCAAGUCUGCAUGUAACUACAUCAGGGGCUGUCAUCAAUAAUGUAUGGUGGACAUAUGUGUAUUAAGCUCCUCUCUUACCUCUGUUUCAUUAACAUACAGUGUGAGCUGCCUUGGGUCCAGAGCUACUUUGGAUGUCCUGUACUUGAAAUAAACCAGGCUGUGGUAGCUUGAGCUGUUAGAGAAACAGGCUGUAUGAAACAUGGACUUAGUGUUGUUUCACACGUGUUUCUGACGUAAUGUUUUCAAGUCUGUCUGUGAGAGUCACCUUAUUGAAAACACUGACUUAACUUAACUUAUUAUAGUCAUCUUAAAAGGGCGGCAAAGAGGUAAGGUAGAGUUAAUGUUCUGAGCAUUAUUUGUGGCUGUAGAGUGGAUUUUUGGUUGACGUUUGCACAUGGAGAUGUAAACCGCUUUGUAUUGCUAUUGUGCGGUCGUUACUAAAGUUAGUAACUAGAGAAGCAAGCAGUCGGCAAAAUUUAUCGCUCAAGGGGGUGUCUAAUUCAGUGUUACAGUGUGUUUGACCCUAACUUAAAUUUACGCCAGAAUAACCCUUUAAGAUCCUUCAAUUUCAGGAAGGAGGGCCCUAAAAUGUUAUAUGUUUAUCCCAGAGGCUGUAUCUGUUAUGUUCCACCACUCAUAAGAAGUAUUUUUUUAAGAGAGGCAACACAAAACACUCUCUGUCAUGUUAAAAUACUUCUGUGGGAUCAAUCUUUAAAAAUCAACACUGCAAACAGUAACUAAUCUUGGUUUUUGAUUUUCAAAGCCUGUUCAAGUUUUUCAUUUUCUGCAGGUUUGCUUUCAAUACACGCCGGUUGCUGUUUAUCAUCGGCAAACCAGUCAUACCCAUGCCAGCCAUAAAAAAAAGAAAAGUGACAUCAACACGUCAAAGCGAUGACGCAAGUCUCAACAAAACUGGAGCCAAUCUCUGGCUCUUCAGCAUGCCAGGCAGUUUGCCUACUUUGUAGAGCUGCACACACAGUUUAAUCUUCCUGCUACUGUCAAAGAUGGCAUUGAAGCAGUUUGAAUCAAAAACCUAAUCUCUGUUUAUAGAGUCUACAUCUAUAUGGAGAGAGCUGGGAUUUGGUUUUUAAAAGUUUCUAUGAGCUGUUGGCUCUUGCUUUAUGCAGGAAAACAAUCCCUGUAGAGGGCAAAAAGGAUGGGAAAGCAGUCUUGUGUAGCGCAGUCCACCAAAACCCAUCAGUCAUCACUGACUGUUUUGCCAUUGUUGCUGUUUUUUAUUUGUACCGACUGAUUUUGUACAGAUGAAUAUUCUCAGUUCAAAACUAGACGGUCCAAGAUCAAGCUUUCACUGACAGUGCAUGCAGCACCGUAAUGAGAAUGUGAAUGAGUUUGUUCCUGUGCUGUAUAUAUGCCUUCUGUACACAUUUGUAAGUGCAGUGGCUCAGUCAUUCGUCUCCGUGGCGGAGGCUGACACAGGCUGGUACGGGCCCUGGCACUGCCAACAUGAAGCCCCUCCUCUCCUCCCCCCUCAAAAGCUCUGAUUGUUAAAGGGCAACGUCCAUCACUGGACCAGUGUUCUGUGGUUUGACACCAUUGUUCAGAUUCUCCCUUUCUGUCCCCUCUCACCUCACUUUCUCAAUUCUGAUGUCUUUCCCUUUCUUCAAGAUUUCUUUUUCCUCCCUUGUCAAACUGUAUCUAAAAUUAUUCAUGAACCCAUAACUUUUUAACACAUGCAGACUUUUUUUGUUAUUCAUUUAUCAAUCAUGUAAGGACUAUUUAUUUCCACCUGUCUGCUGUUUUCUCAUAGAUUUUAUGUAGACCCACCUCUCUAUGGGUUUUACGCCUGUCUAUUUGUGUGUCUCGUUGUAAGAGUAUGUCCCUCGGUGUUGCUAUGAGUCCGGCAGACCACGUCAUCCAGCUUCGACCAUCUGGCAGGACAAUCAGUGAGUGUAUGUGUGAAUUAGCAGCUGGAUUUGUGGCUACAAGGGUCUAAGGGGAGGGGAUGAUGGGUAACCAACAGAGUACAAAAGCACUACCCUGGUUUCUGCAUCCCAUAUGUCCAACAAGAUGGAUUGGAGUCCUUUACCCUCAGAGGGAAAUAACAAUCUCAAUUUUAAGUGGAAGCAAAGCUGCGACAAGUGUCUGUGACCAUGUUUGGAUGUCCCUGGUUUCAUGAAGAAACAUGUUGAAGACUGAUCCAGUUAGGAUUAAUCUUGGAAAUAAAAUGCAUGAGUCAUGUGGUCGUACUUUGCCUCAUCGAUCACAUUUGAAAUCUGUCUUGAGUUAUCUCAAGGAUGAAAAGAGAUACAAACAGAGAGAGCUCCACUUUCACGCUCCUCUGACACGCCUGGUGGUUUGAGAGCUCGCCUUGAGAGCAAAUUCAGAAGAGCUUGAUCGGUUUUCAAGAAAUAGCAGCAAAUUUAUCUUUCUGCAAGUUGCAAAGAAUAUCAAGUGUGCUUUUACUGCAGCAAAGUAUCCACUCUCUUCUUUGCACAUCUUCAGUAUGUGGUGAUGACACCAAAUGCUGCAAUUGGAUCAUAUUCAUACAGCCUAUUUUGUGUGAUUCCAGCAGAUCAGAGUGCUGUUGUAUAGAAAUGAUCCAAGUGUGCCUCGGUGUGCUUAGCUGGAAGAAAGGAAUUCAGGAUCAGUCAGGUUCCUGAUCUAGUAUUUCUUAACUUUCAAUUUCUCAUAUUAAAAGGAUCAGUGCUUCCCUUCAGCUCAGUGGAUGCACCCGACAAAGACAUCUGCUGCGUUUUAUUUAUUCCCAAUCGGCAAAAAAGCUUUACAAAUCAGUGCUUGAGACAAAACUUAAGACAGUAGGGGAGAGGGGGGUAAGUUGAGCCACCCCAUGUUGCUCGGAAAUGGUAAAAGAAAUUGAUCAUGUGACCAAAUAUUUAGGAGAUGGGCAUCAAUUCAUGGAGUCUGUUAGGGUUAGAAGGGCAUGGGUGAAGGGGUUAGACAUUUAUUUCCAAAAAAAAGAAACAUUUCACUCUUGAAAUAGAAUUUAGUCUGUCAUAAGUUUGAUUAGAAUUGUGUUCAGACCAAAAAAGAUCAUUUUAGAUUUGUUUUAUACAUAAACUGUAGUAUCUUUGAGCUACAACAUGAGGUCAAAAACCUAGUAUAAAAGUCCUCCAUUUUAGCUUAGAGGAUUUCUGGGGUAAGUUGAGCCAGUGGCUCAACCUAGAAUUUAAUAAUGAUGGGAGGAUCAGAGUUUCAGUUCAGAUUGUGGAAAUGUGUUGCUUUUCAAGUAACUUUUCUUUCUUUUCAAGAAUACAGCUGUGAAUGUUGUGAAUCACUUACAGACAUUCUCAUGUUAAAAUGACUUUUUACAAAACAGCUUUUUAGCAGUUAUAUGCAAUAAUAAUAAAAAUAAUUAUUGUACCAGUUGAAUAGUGUAUGAUAGUUAUAAAUACACAUCAAUGUGAAGAAGUGACUGUUAAUUAGGGCAAGAGAAAAGGGGAGGGCUGGAGUGAAGAGUGGGGGGGUAGUAGGGAUACGGCUCAACUUACCCCGCUCCUAUGGUCAACUUACCCCAUUCAACGAGGUAAGUUGACCAUAGGAGACCACUUUUUUUUUGGCAUGCUAUAUUAUCAAGACAGUUAUGUUUACACUCAUUCUGUUGGUUUGCAGGGAUGCACAACAUUUUGAAAUAUGCAAAUACACUAGUUAGAGACAAAACUAUGAUUGCUUUGAUGUAGUGAUCCGAAAUAUAAAAAAUAAAUGGCUCAUCGUACCCCUCUCCCCUAUAUAUCUUUCUUGUCUGUUAGUGAGUGAAAACACUGAAGAGUUUCAGUAAAUCUUGGUCAGAAUAGUUACUCCAGCCGUAAGUCUAUUCUGGACGUACAAAUUGGCGCCCGCCGUCUUGCUAUGGUGACGCUUGCUGUCGUAUGAAGAGGUUUCGGUGUAUUCAGUUCGCAGCAGUGCCAAAUAUCAAGAUUGUGUUCAAACGCUUCCAGGAUGAUGAUGCUGUUUAUUUUCCAGCAGUUACGCUGAAGAGGUUGGAUGUAAUGUCUCAGUCGAAGCGUCUUUACGCAAGCAACCAGCUGGCUGACGACUCCAGGACAUUAGUCAUGUCCACUGCCCUGCUGAAGUGUGUGUAUUAACAUGUUUUAGUGUCUCAUGUCUCCUCGGGUGAGGAAAUGUCCCUAUGCAAUACAUGGAUGGCAUCAACCCAUGCUGAGCUCUUUUCUUCUUAUGUGCUGACCCACUGUCCCACUAGAGACGGUCAUUCAUACAGGCUGCCAGUAAAAACCUCAUCCUCCACAGACAUGUCUGUCAUGACAAAGAUGAAGUACUGUGUGAACACGCUAUGCUGAACUGACCAGAUUCAAAGUCAAGAUCCAUGAGUCAGCUGGAAGAAGACCUGUGAGUUUGAGAAUAGAGAAGAAAUUUUGUUGAUUUAUUGAUGACAUAAAAAUAAGUUGAUGUUGUCUUGUUUAAAUAUGAAGGUCUUCUCUGAAAAGGGCAUUAACUAGUGAUGUUGAAUACCACAAAUUUCCUUUACGAUACUGAGUAAAAUUCAGGCUGGUAUUGGCAAUACCGAUACUUUGUUCAAAUACAUGUGUGCCUGGUAAAUCUGGAAAAACAAACAAACAAAAAAAACAGCGUAUUUCAAAUCAUAGCUUCCUAAAGAUACAAGUAAUCAGGGUAACGUAUUGAUCUAUUUAUUUUAAACUCUGAAGUAUAUUGAGGUAGCGGCCUCAUUUGCAAUAUAGCCGAGAUAAUACAACAGAAAAAAACAGAGGACACAAUUAUACAUAAUAUGUGAAAAUGGUGUUUAAAACAAACCAAAAAAGUAAAAUGAUAAAAUCAUUAAAAUAAAUAAGAAAAUAAUAAAGAAAACAUUAUUUAUAUAAUUAGAUUUAUCUAUUUAUUUAUAACAUAAUUUCCCAAAGAUAUCACUUUGCUGUUUUUAGGACUGAAAUAGCUCCACACAUGACUCCUUUUCCGCUCUGCCAUCGACUCUACACAGACUGAGAGAGACUGUUGAGUGAGCAGAGGGUUCGUAUGGUAUUAUACACUUACCCAGGCGGAAGAAAAAGUAGUUCCUACCAACCGCGCGUCAUUUGGACAAGUUAAUAAUAAUAAUAAUAAUAAUAAUAAUAAUACAUUUUAUUUGUGGGCGCCUUUCAGGGCAUUCAGGGACACCUUAUAGGGCAAUUAAAAGACACAUCAGUAGAAUAGUAAAAUCAUUAAAAAACACAUCAACACAACAAAGUAUUAAAUAAAAAAAGUUGUAAGUCUGGACUCUGCAGAAGAACAUCAAAUGCUCGUCUGAGUCGGCCUGUCUGAAAUAAUGAGUUUUGAGACAGGAUUUGAAGAUGAAGAGUGUGUCAAUGUUCCUAAUGUCAGGGGGGAGGGAGUUCUGAAGGCGGGGGGCAGCGCAGCUGAAGGCUCUGGGUCCCAUGGUGGACAGACGGGCCGGAGGCAUAAUGAGGUCGACGGAUGAGGCAGACCUGAGAGUCUGGGUGGGAGUGUUGAUGUGGAGGAGUUCAGAGAGGUAUGGAGGAGCAAGGUUGUGGAUGGCCUUAAAUGUGUGGAGCAGAAUUUUGUAGUCCAAGCGGUAUUUGAUGGGAAGCCAGCGAAGUUGGUGGAGAACAGGUGUGAUGUGACUGAUAGAUGGUGUUGUGGUGAUGAUACAGGCGGCAGCGUUCUGGACCAGUGAAGCUUAUGGAUAGACUUCUCAAUACUUUACUUUCCAGUGUGUUCCUGUUAAUGAUAUACAUUACCACAAAUGACUAAAGAAUCAGAAGUAUUGAUAUUUUCAUUUGAGAAUCGAUUUUUGAGCACACAGACCUGGUGUUGGAAGUAUCGAUAUUUCAGUAACGAUCCGCACAUCACUAGCAUUAACUUGAUGCCAGCAUAAUUGCUUUGGGAACCUAUAAUAUCCAGCAUUAAUGGUGUCUUCCCAUAUACAUACUGCAUGUCAAAGAAGUGUAUGCAUCACCAUACUAUCACAGUGCAGGCUUUUGAAUGGUGACCACAGCACAGUUUUCCACUUUGCGUUGGUCAUCAUAAAUGGGUUCAGGCCCAGAAAAUUAGCUCACUUUUGUUUUUAAUGUUUGAGUUUUCUUUUUGCGAGAAACACUUGUAACCUUAAAUUCAAACUGUGUUAACAAACUGUGGUUUUUGAAAGUGAUUUACCGCCUGUGCUGCAACUUUCACUACAGAGUCAAUUCUGAUUUUCAUGCAGUGCUGCCUGUUGACCAAAGAUCGCAGCCAUUCAGCGCUGCUUUUCAUACGUGUCACUAAUUAUUGUGCGGAGAUUCCUCCAGACUCUCUGAAUCUUUUAACAACAAUAUGUCCUGUGGAGGAUGGAAAUUUUCAACUUUCAAUUUUAUGCUUUGAAAUGUGAAUUUGAAAUGACUGAACUUUUUGCUCCCACAGUCUCUCACAGAGUGAUCGACCUCUCCCCGUCCUUACUCAUACGGGACUCAGCCCUUUUAGAUCUAGACGUGUUACCCAAACUGUUGCUAAUUAACCUUCGUAGCUUGGAUGUGUCUGGCAUGAAAUUUGAAAUAAGGGAAUAUUUUUAUUUUUUUUAAUCAAAAUUUUUAGUUUUUACAUGUUUUUGCACUUUUUUUUUUACCUAAAUGUGGGAAGUUAAAUGAUUUACAAACCAUAAAAUUAAGUUUUCUUUCAAAAUGUUAUACAACAUCCCAGCGUCUUUGAAGCAAGAAUCUAAAAUUGUCAGCUCAGUCUCAGGAUUCAUGUAAUGUAUGUUUCAGAAUUUUCUCAAAACGAUGGUCCAUUAAAAAAGUUCAACAAAUUAAUGGAAAAUAAAAUAAUUAUUGAUACCAGCACCAUAAUCAGCUAAGUAGUACUGAUGCCUGUUGAGCCCACAGUGACAAGUCUAAACCUUUAAGAAUGGUAACUGAGAGAAAAACAGCCAUGAAGUGAACACUGAAGUGAAUUUACAACCAGCACACCGUUGCUUCAAAUGCUGAUUCAAGCAAACACUUUUUGUCUUCUUUGACAAGCAGGAUGUGACUUUAGGAGAGGUGUGAAAAUCAUCCAAAAGUUCAGAAAAGGGUUAGAGUCUUAGUUUUUGUCAAUACAGAAACUUUGACAGUGAUGUCUAUGUAAGCUUGUUUUUCAAUUGAUACCUUUAAAAAUAAGUGUGCAUCUUGUUCUGAUCAUGUCCUGAUUAACCAUUCCAAAGUUCAAAGGUCACCAACAUGGCCAGGGUUCAACGUUAAGUGGGGAGUGGUUCGACUGUAGUUCAUAUCUCCACCAGAACAAUCUCUGUAGGACUUAUGUCCUGGAUGCCAGAUGGGGUUUCAAACACAGAGAGCUACUUUUUAUCCGGAGCUGGUGGGUGUUUCAGAUCCACCAUGAAUGCAGCGGCAGAGAGAUUUUUGGCCCUGGGUGGGAGGUUUGGUUCAAUUCCACAUAGCUAUGGGUGUUUUUUCAGAGGAAUGCUUCCCGUGCCUCUGUCCCACUACAGUCCUUGUUGUUGUCCCAGAUGCUAGGCUACACAUCCUCUUCACACCAAGGAAGAGGAGGAAAAAUGAUGAGAUUGAAGCCCACUCCCUGCAUACUUCCUCCCUUUCAGAUGCUGAUCUUUCUUCUGGAGCAUGGAUCUGGAUUUCUCUGCUGGACAGAUCAGCGAUGCCGUAAUUAGUGCUAAAACCUGAUAAUUAACCUAGGUGCUACAGGACACAGUCGUGACGGUUGGUUAACAUCCGGUUGUCAUAGAGACUUCUUGGAGUUGUCAUGGAGAAUUAAUCUAGAUGAGGUAACAGGCUAUUAUCCUACUAGCUUCAGACCACAGUAAUGGCUCAGCUACAUUGAGAAACAUAACCAUGGCCAGUAUCUCAUGGUGAUGCAGGGGUCACAUGUUGGAUGGUAGUUUCUGACCUUCUUCCUCUCCUCUUGUGGCUGGAAGAACCAUCUACUGAGCCAAUAAUGGGCAGACCUGAGAACCUGACAUUAUGCUGUGGUUCACUGCAUGAAUAAAUCAAGUAUAUAUGAUGAAGGCCAACAGAAUCGAGGCAGCAUGUUCUCAGAGGACCUCUCCUUUUCACUGCAGUCUUCUGUGAUGGGUUGGCCCUGAACAACUGGCCCUUAGUGCUGUUUACAUAACCUGUUGUGAAGGACUGUGGAAAGGGAAAAAAAAAAAAACCUUUGUGUUCCCUUGAUCCUUUAGCUUCUGUCAGAUAGCUGGAUUAGUCUAGGUAAUCAGAUGAAGCAUCCAAUACAGCCCUAAUUAGAGAAAAGUUUGUUAUGUGCACCAAGGAUAAUGUUCGGUGCUCCUCUGUGCUUAAAUGCCAAACUUGUAGCACUUAAUUAAAACAAAAAAGGGGAUAAAGUCAUGGUGGAAGAUCACUGCCAUGAGACAGGCUGUCAAAACACUGUCACUGACCCAACCACUGAAACUAGGUAGCUUCAAAGGGUGGUGUCUCUGUUGGUUUAGAGUUAGAGCCGUAAGAGCCCAACUUAUUAUCGCAGGCUAUGUAAGGGUUCACGAUCAAGAAACUGAAUUAUACAAAUCCAAUCCAAACCGUUUUAUUUAUAUUGUACAUUUAAAAAAAAAUAAGUUUAAUAAAGUGUUGCACACUAAAGUUAAAAAGACCAAACAAUGCAGAAGUAAAAAAAAAACAUCAAAAGGAAAUAAAUAAAAGCAGGUAAAAAAAAAUAAAAACGAAUGAAAAUGAAAUAAAAACACAAAAAGGUGAAAGAAAUAGAAGUGAUAAAUGGACCAUAAAAGACAUAAAAGAACAGAGAUCACACAACUCUCAUGCUGAGAAAGCCAAGGAAUAACAAUGAGUUUUUACGAGUGAUUUAAAAGUAGAGAGAGUGGGGGAUGUUUUAAUCUCAAGUGGAAAUUCGUUCCACAAUUUGGGAGCCACAGCCCAGAGAGUUCGGUGACCACAGGUUUUUAAACGAGUUUUAGGGACAACAGGUUGAGUUGAUCAGUAGACCUCAAAGAAACAUUUAAGAGGUCAGAGAUGUACUGUGGUGCUGAUCCAUUUAAAGAUUAAAAAAAAUAAAAUUUUAAAAUGAAUUCUUAAUGAAUGGGAAGCUAAUGGAGAGACACCAGGAUUGGGGUGAUGUGAUCAUGUUUUCAUUUUACUGUUAAAAGAUGAGCAGCAGCAGCAUUUUGGACGAACUGUAAGCAUUGAGGGAAGCGCGAUUAACACCAACAUAAAGAGCAUUGCAGUAGUCCAACUGUCUAGAAAAAAAAGCAUGAAGUACUCACUCAAAAUCAUUAAAAGAUAAAACCAAUUUAAUCUUGGAUAAAAGCCUCAGAUGACUAAAACUAGAUUUAACAACAGAGUUGAUUUGUUGAUCCAGUUUUAAAUCACUGUCAGUGUUUACACCAAGAUUUAAAACUGUGAGUUUAAAAAAAAAGAGGUAAAAGAGACAUGAACUCAAACUAGACAAAUACUUUUUUUUUUUCAAAGGCCUCACCCAGUCAUUUUUCAUCCGCAUGAGACCAGUAUCUGUGAUCAAUAAAUGACUGAUCCCCCUCAUUCUGAACGCCUGUGUACGUUGCAAAUAAUGCCUGAUCCGCAGUUGACCAGAGAGAGACAUUUCCUUCAGACAUUUCCCUCCUUUAAUGUAAUAAAUGAGGUCAUUGUCACAUGUUAAAUGUAAACCACCUUCAAUGUUUUAAGUCGGGUGCAGCUGGUUAGUGUUUCUCUUAGUUUUGGAUCUUUCUUAACAAGCCUCAUCCACGCACAGAUCACCUGUUGUGGCAAAAGUACAUUCAACACAUGAGUUGUGAUUUAUAAAGGCCUGCCUGCUUUCCGUAAAUACUGAACAUUUGUCAUUUAUUAAGGCAUCCAGAGACUAUCAGCAGCAUUGAUCAGAUAUUCAAUACACUUGUCGAUAUGUAUUGACUGAAACUCUCCUACCUUCACUAUACAGAAAUUGAGUUGACCAUUUUGUCAACAAACAACAGUAACAUUACUGGGUCAUUUAAGCUAGAUGUCUGAAAUCUGUUUGGGUCUGAGGUUGUAGAUCUGACAGACACAGAGAUACCACUACCUGACUCAGUAAUCAGUGAGUCACCAGCAUUAGUCCCACACCAUGUAUUUUAGUCUUUUUGUACAUUAAGGUGCUAAAAUCCUGACUUAAUGAACCGUUAAGAAGAGCACACAGGGAGUCAUCCCACUAAUAAGUUCCUCAUCAGAACCUUUUAUGGUCAAACUGGUGAACACACCCUGGGUGGGAUGCUGCAUUAUUCUGGGCUCUGGAGGACUGUUACAAUUCAGCCAUGUCAGGCUGUUUUUCUCUCAGUAAUUUGUCCUUCAUUGGUAUGCUUGUGGUAUAAAAUAGCACCGCUGGGCUUAGAAACAAGAUCAACAGGUGAUGGAUGAUAGAAAUGGUUUAAGUAGUCUCAUGGGUAGGUCAGAAAAACAGAAACUUUUUAUGUAUUCUUGUCUUUGUUGUAGGAUAACAACCACACAGGCUCUCCUGAGAGGGAACAACAUUUCAGUCAAACACAUUCACUGUCAGAUAGAAACAGAUGAUUUACAUUUCAGAUUCUUUACUCUGAGAAGGUUACAAAUUAGUCUAAAUAUGCUGCGGUAAUUCUCUGAGGUGGUGUUGUUGUUGGCAAGUAUGAAGCUUAAUGUUUACAGUCGCAGCUAAACUGAUUUCCUCAUUCUUCAUAAAUCCCUGUGGAAAUGUCACCGAUCCAUUAACCACAUUGCUCAUGUAAGGCGGCUAUCUAAUGAGCUCGCUGUUUGGCUGGCCUGACCACAUGCCAGCUUUUCCUCCGGUGACGGGCAGCUCAUGCUGUCUGCUAACAAAACCCCCAGUUGACACACAACAGCAAGAGCUAACACUACCACAUUAAAAGUUUUCAGUAACAAAAUAAACUGCAACCUGCUGACUGUGUGCACAAACUCUGCCAAAAAACAGAAUGAAACCAGGACUUCCAGCUAUGGAGCUCUUCACUGUUAAUACUUGGUAACUUUCAGUGUCCAAACUCAGAGGAGAAUGUGCAAAGCUUUACUGCAGCUGUCGUCAUUAUUAUUGUACUUAUAUGGACGCCAUAUGUGGUGCUUUAUCUUAUUUUUAUAUUAAUUAGCAUCAAGACUCAGAAAAGAAAGCUUUCAUCUUUAUAUCCUAAAGAUCUGAUCAAGAAAAAAUGGCAGCCCACUCUCAAACUGUUCCGUUUUAGUCAUCAGAGCAGUUUAGAAAGCUCAAUAAUCACAUCACAGCAUUUACACAGAGAGCUUCGAGCAUCCUCUACCAGAACAUGACCUGACAUCUGUCUGAAGAUAUUCAAUUAUUGGUCAGUAAAGCUUUUUAGAAAUGAAGGGACCUUUUACGGUGAUCUAUAACCUGUCAUUAUGAGUACGUAACACAAGUGCGUUUCAAAGCUCUCAGAGGUGAAACCACCAGAGAAGGUUGCCGAUACUUUUUUCUUGUCUGGAGGGAUAACAAGAUCAGCUGCAUAUAUGAGGAGUAUUUUGGAAACACUGAAACCAGCCUAAGUGUGUAAAUGCACAUUUUCAGUGACAAAAAGCAACCGGUUUAUUCUCUCUCUCUGCUGCACCAACACUGAUCCUGACCACACCUCAUUUUGAGAACUCUAUGCCCGUGGGUGCACAGGUGGGUGCUGGGCAUGAACAUGACAACUGUCCUUUUAAAUUUAGCAGUGGCAGCUGUACUGUACUGUAAGCUGCCAUGUACCAGGUGUAAAACAGAAACUGAAGUAUUGUGUCAGAGACUUGAGGCAGCUGUUGACUGUGAAAAUGUGAAGAGGUUGAAAAAUGGAACUUUUGUGACCUUCAUAAAAUUCUCUUUGAAGGUAAAAAAAAAAGGUUUUUGAAGGCAUUGAGCUGUUUUUACAGCAGUGCAGAGUGUUUGGUUAGACAGAUUCUCUUCUGAAGAAACCAUUAAGGUGCCAGGAAAAUGGUUUAAUUUGGAGAAAAAGAUUUUACUUGUUGUAGCACAAAGCUAUGGAGCCCGGGAGGUGACAUGAAUUUUUUUUUUUUUUUAAUUUGCUCGUGCAAAAAUUUAGUUUCUCGAACAUGCAGUUUAUACGUAUCUUGUAUGUGUGUUUUAUUUGCAUCUUGCACAUGCGCUUUUGUAAAUAAUCCUCCACGCGCCUCAAUUGUGAGAGAAGAAGGACAGUGUCAUGGACAGAGAGCAUAUUAUCAACAUUUUCUUUUACUUAGGUACCACUCACAAAGAGAUAGUUUAUAGCUUAGCCACAUUUGAUGUUGUUUUGAGUAGGAGACACCUCAACAGGAUCCUUAAAGCACAGUGACUUUGCCGUCGGCGAUACUCGCACUUGCAGGAAGUGAUUUUGUUUAUUAAUGAACAGUUAAAUCACACCUGCGAUACAAUAAAAUGCACUUGUGAGAUACUAAAACGCACAUGCGAAUUAAAAAAAGUUAAUGUCACCUCCUGGGCUCUGUAUAAAGCAGUGAUGUUCAAAGUCAAACAGAUCUGUAUGUUACAGGGCCUGAAUUCGGUGUGCACAUAACCUUUGAUUCCAGCAGGUGUCACAUCGCAAACACUUGCGCAUUUGUGAAUAAGGACUAAUGGCUCCCUCUGUAUCACCUGUGCUCUCUUUAACUAACACUUGUAUUAGACAGGUGUGUAUUGACUUGCAACAGAACACUGAACCAAACUUCAGCACAACACAGCUUCAUCAAAAUGCAACAUGGCUCUUUCCCACAGAAAACAACAACUUUGUUUAACAUUAGCAAGGUUGGGUGAAAACAAUUGGAAGGCAGAUGGUGUAAUCCAGGGCACCACAGAUGUCUCAUUAUUGAGACAUCUGUGGAGCAAACUAAUGCUGCAUACUUGCGUUAGCAUUGUGCAACACAGUAACUGGGUAGUUAGAUUGCUUUGCUUUUAUGUCGGGUGGAUGUUUCCGGGAGGAUGUUCAGUUAUUUCUAAUACUGCAGAUUGGGUUGGAACAAUAGAUGUGACUGUGAACAUUGAUUUAGCUAUAGAAACGCCAUUUUUCGCUUCCUGCAGAUGUGUUAGAUUUGGUGCAGCGGUGUGUUUAUCAAUCAAUCAAUCAAUCAAUCAACUUUAUUUCUAUAGCACAUUUUAAAAUAACCACAAGGGUAGUCAAAGUGCUGUACAUAAAACAAAUAACACAAAGAGCAAGAUAAAGUGAGCAGAAAUACAUUAAUGCAAGGGGAUAAAUAAGUAAAUAAAUAAGCAGGCUCACGGCAGGUGCUAAAAUGAUAAAAAACAAAGUAACACUAAAAAGUAUCAAAAGCCAAGGAGUAAAAGUGUGUCUUUAAAAGGGAUUUAAAAACAGGAAAUGAGGAGGCCUGUCUGAUAUUCAAGGGCAACUCGUUCCAGAGCUUCGGGGCAGCAGCAGCAAACGCUCUGUCCCCUCUGAGCUUCAGCCUUGUAUAUGGGACCGUCAGUAGCAGCUGAUCGGCUGAUCUUAAGGGUCGGGGUGGGCAGUAAGGCUGGAGCAUUUCAGAAAUGUAAGGUGGAGCGAGAUUGUUCAGGCUUUUAAAAACAAAUAUUAAAAGCUUAAAAUGAAUUCUGUACUGUACAGGGAGCCAGUGUAAGGAUGCCAGGUGCAGCUUUUUCAGGACUUGUUGCCUCAGGAAUACUUCUUUACUUCUACAUGUUAUGUUGACAUGCACUAUGUACUGCAAGAAACCAAGUUAAAUAGCUCUUUUCACUGAUUAAUAUGCUUUUGCAAUGAAUGAGGAGUAAUUCUAACCCAGCAUACAGUAUGGAAGCAGCAUUGCUCUACACCCAGAGAAAACAGCCCGGUUGCUCCCGGACCUCGAAUCAGAUAAGUGUCACCGUGCAUUGGGUUGAAAAUCCAUACUUAUAGGAGUUAUUUUAGUGACACUGGGCCCUUUGUUCCUCUGUAAUAACUAUGCAGCUCUGACAAGAGGCCUCUGUUUCAAACAAUAUUAGCAUGCAGAUUCUCUGCUGUAGCGCUACACCAUUUCUGCCAGUACAGUGUGUAUAUUGUUCAGAGGCAGGAAUGCACUGGAUGUCCUCUGCAGUGGGAGCCGGCUAGCUUAAUGGAUAGCUGUCAAAGUGGAUGUUAGAGGACCAGCUGUAUUUGCAUUUGGUGCUGUUGCAAAGAUCUGAAGCAGGUUUUUGUUUUUUUGUGAGGAUCUCUUGUAAGAAGCCUCAAUUGCACAGUUGUGUAAACCCAGUAUUAAGAGGAAAUGUUUUGUGUAAGCAGUCUAAUGCAUUUUAAUUGAACUGGGAAUUGUGAGCACACCUGCUACAACGAUUGUUUUCACUCGAAACUCCGCCUCAGGGAUGAGAGGGUGGCCUCAGAGACAAAACAGUACUCAGGCUUGAUCACUUUCUCAGUUGCUUGAGUCUUUAAUCUCAUGUUUCCACUGUUUCCUGUAGACCAGGUAAGAUUAGUCGUAGUUAAAUGUGAAAUGUUAGCUCUGCUGGUGUCCGCUGCAGCAGGAAGGGCACUGCCCUAUGAAAGGAGCUCUUUGUGCUGCAGCGGUUUGUUGUGUGCCAUGCAGGCCCAAGCCCAUAGAUGACCCUUGUUGUUUCUGCGCAGGCCUGGGUGAGGCAGAUGCGAACCAGAACAAUGGCUGCGUCUCGGAGAAGCCGGCGGUGACUGACUCCACGGGCGCUGAGGGCCCCCACCAGCCUUGGACCGACGCCAGCACAGCUGACCCUGACGCUGCUACGCCACGCCCCCACCUGGUCCGCCUCUUCUCCCGAGAUGCCCCGGGCCGAGAGGACAACACCUUCAAAGACCGACCCUCCGAAUCGGACGAGCUGCAGACCAUCCAGGAACACAGCGGAGCGGCUUCAGAGUGCGGGUCGGAGAACCCCGAACAGGACCUAGAAUAG